AUGUACACGGACAACUCCCAAAUGCUCCAAACAGGUAUGCGGGGUGCCUUUGGAAAGCCCCAAGGCACAGUGGCCAGAGUCCACAUUGGCCAAGUCAUCAUGUCCAUCCGCACCAAGCUGCAGAACAAGGAGCACGUGAUCGAGGCCCCACGCAGAGCCAAGUUCAAGUUCCCUGGCCGCCAGAAGAUCCACAUCUCCAAGAAGUGGGGCUUUACUAAGUUCAAUGCGGAUGAGUUUGAAGACAUGGUGGCCGAGAAGCGCCUCAUCCCAGGUGGCUGUGGGGUCAAAUACAUCCCUAAUCGUGGUCCCCUGGACAAAUGGCGAGCCCUGCACUCGUGAGUCUCGGUGCUGCCCCCACCUUACACCCACCAAUAAAUCAAUUUUUCAGCCAUAAAAAAAUAAAUAAA